UAUAACCUCAACCCACUCACUGCUCUUCCAUCCGCUUCACUACUGCUUUACUCGCAUCUCACCUAAAACGAUCACACCAUGUCAACUCAUACUGACAGCUCCAACUAUGGCUACACGCCUUCCGUCGCUUGGUGCAGCGUCUUUAUCGCCCUCUUCUCCCUUUCGGGUCUCUUGCACAUAUACCAAGCUUGGCGUGCAAAGUACUGGGUCAUUUUCCCGACUCUAGUCAUCGGCGCAGCGGUCGAGGUCCUAGGUUGGAGUGGACGAUUGUGGUCAAGUCAGAAUGUGCUCCUGUUGACCCCAUUCUUGAUGCAAAUCUCGACACUCAUCCUCGCACCCUGCUUCUUCUCUGCUUGGGAUUACGUCCUCCUCGGCUCUGCCAUCGCCAAGCUCGGUCCUCAGUAUUCUCUCCUCCGACCCCGAUGGUACUUUAUCGUCUUCAUCACGGCCGAUCUCAUCUCCAUCGUCCUUCAAGCCGUCGGCGGAGGUCAAGCAUCGAGUUCAGCAGCUGAAGGUGCUCCCACUCAGAGUGCCACCGAUAUCAUGGUCGCUGGAAUCAUCUUUCAACUCAUCUCCAUGGUCGUCUUCGUCAGUCUAGGCUUGGACUUUAUCCUUCGAGCCACUCAGAAACGACCUUACGCCUUUCAAGCUCGCCGCAUCGCCGCUGAACAGUCGCGCGUGGGCAACAUUGAAGCUGGAACUGGAAACACCCUCGAGAGCUCUACUUCCAUGAGCCGAUCAGCCUCCGAUCAAAUCCUGCAGGAGAAACCUGCCCGUGCGAAUGAGCUCAACGGUACCGUCAGACAAUGGUGGAUUCUCCUUGGCGCCGCGCUCAUCUCGUCCGCCAUGAUCAUCUGUCGAGGUGUCUACCGAUCCAUCGAGCUCAAGCAGGGAUGGGAGGGAUACUUGAUCACUCACGAGAUUUAUCAGUCGCUUCUCGACGGUAUUCCCAUGCUUAUCGCCGUCGGAGUCUUCAACGUGAUUCACCCAAGUUACCUCCUUCCAAAGAAGCGAUCGUGGAAGAGUUACCAUUUGGAGGAGUAGAAAAGUUACAAAUGGAUUAAAAUGACCUUUCAAGUGAUAUAGAGCGAUUUGAACCUACGACCGCAACGUAAUGAAUAGACUGUACAUGUG